UUGCCAGCGCCAGUUCCCAGGUUACCAACAUACACCUUGGUUUCUGUUUAAAAACGCAAAUAGAAGAAUGCACAUUAUGCAAAACUUGGCCCAAGUUUCAAUCAAUUAUUUGCCUUAAAACAGGUCAUCCUCAAGAUUGGGUAAAGCACAUUAAAUGCCCUCUAUCCAAGAUUGAACUUAGUCCUAAAACUGGUGAAAGUCCGCAAAUCCCUGAAAAACUAGACUUUUGACAAAGUUCUUAACGUUCUAAAUAAUGCAAAGUGACCCUCCCGAACAGAGAUGCGUGGUAGGAUACACCGAAACGUGGGGCGGGACGCGGCCCGGCCCCGCCCCGCCCAUGAGUCCCGGCAGCCCCGGGUGCACCCGGAGCGCGCGGGCCCCCAGCGGCAGCGGCGUCGGCGGCGGGAAGGCCUCAGUAGGGGCCGGGCAGGGAGAGCAGGCCUGGCACCGGCUCUCUUCCUCCGCGGCAACCGCCCCAGGCACAGGCUCGCCCAAGACUCCAAGUCCCCGCCCCAGAGCCAUAAACCGCGCUCGAAAGAACUAAAAGAGAAAAACCAGCCGCCAGUCGCAGAAUACGUCCCCAUUCCCAUUCCGCAAUUUAACCGAUUGUUUGACGAGAACACGCAGCUCACAGCUGUCAAUUUCGUUCCGUCUGAAACACAACCACGAUCUUACAGCUGCGGCCAGAUCUGUCCGCUGAAGUGGCGGGAAAGCGCUGAGGAAAUGCGCCACCACGGUCGUCAAUGUGCGCAAAAUGGCAGCCGCCGCCGAGGGAGGGGGGAGGGGGGCCGCCGGGCGGCUCCGAGAAAGGCAACGCGAAAACCGUCAUCUCAACCCUGCUUCAGGCUGGAUUGGGCCACAAAAAUGCCCGAGAGUACGGAACUCGGCAGAGAGGUACACCCGCCAUCCUCUGUCUCCCUUCAGCACCCCGCCCCCGCUGCCUCCGGCUUCGUAUGGCGUGCGCCGAAGCCGCCAUUACGCACGCGGAAUAACCGUCUCCCAACCGCCGCGCCAACCCUACGGCCUCGCAAUGCUCAUUACACCCACACCAACGUCCCUCACCGGACUCCAGCCUCUUACCUCCUCCGUACCGCCCGUAACGCGACAUGAUGACCGACCCGCGUGCUCGGCUCUUCAGCUCGCAGCGCCCAGGGCUCGAGUGACGCAAAAGCUGACAGAGACCCACACUCGCCAACAGUCCCGGCGGCACUACGAGGAAGAGCCCGGGUUCGCAUUUAUAUAUGCGGCCGCUGGGCUCUGCGCAUGCGUCAUGCCGUUGUUCUGCGCGGCACAAAGGAGCUGGGCGGAAACAGCCGAGAAACGACGCGGAAGGAACUGAAGAAACGAGCACGCGGAUGAUGGGCGGAGGGAUACGUUUCCAUGGGAACGCCACGAUCUCUCCACAACACCUCAGACUGAGCUUUGUGUGGAAGAAGUGACCUCAAUCAGGAGAUCAGGAGCUACCCUGAUUACAACCACAUCACUCCACUUCCACUUCAGAUAUUUCUCAUCUGUAAGUGGGGAAACAAAUAAUGUCACUUACUCUAAGUAAAAUAAAAAGUAAUCAAGAGGACAAGUUUGAAGAUGCCUGUGAAAGUAUCCCUGUGGCAACAACGAUGAAUCUACCAUCUUCCUUGGAAGAAUGCACCACUGGAUUGUAUUUAUUUCUAAAUAAUAGAUUCUCAGAUGCAAUAAAUCUCAUUCAUCCAUGGUCUAAAAACAGCAUAUACCAUUCCCUAAUGUAUGGUAUCCUUAUGGUUGUCAAGGCCGUACUGACUUUUGAACCACAGGAUUUACGGAUUGGAAUGAUGGCUGCAAAGGAUGCUUUGAAAACCUGUGACAAUUUCCGAAAAAAACCUAAAAUGACACUGUCUCAUCUAGUAAGUAGACAGGGAAUAACGGCUAUCACAGAAGAGGAAUUGCAUGCAGAAGUCUGUUAUGCUGAGUGUUUGAUGUUGAAAUCCUUUAUAUCACUUAUACAGGAGGAGAGCAUGCUUGCUUUUCUUAAAAGCGGGAUCAGUGUUGGGUCAAGUUACCACAUAUACAAAGACUGUCAACAAGUAUUAACACAGAUCCCUGACAACCAAAGCAAAGCCCACAAACACCUGGUUGGAGGUAUAAAAUUUGGACUUGGAGUGUUCAAUUUGAUGUUAUCACUUAUGCCACCAAAAACACUUAAACUACUCAAUAUUAUUGGAUAUUCUGGUGAUAGAGAAGUAGGCUUAGCUUUGCUUCACGAGAGUGCAUCUGAAACCCAUAUAAAUAAUAUCUUAAGUCUUUUGAUUCUACUCUUUUAUUACAAUUAUGUCUAUGUAGCUUUUGGUGUUGAAAAGGUUUACAAUUCUGCUACAGAGGAUCUCUUCCUAGUCUACCUCCAGAAAUUUCCAAACUGUGUCAUAUUUAAAUUUUUCCAUGCACGUUCUAGUAUGCUGAAAGGAAAUUUUGAAAAUGCACAGUUAAAAUUACAGGAGUGCAUUUUUACUCAGAAUGAAUGGAAGCAGGUUCAUCACCUCUGUUACUGGGAAUUCAUGUGGUGCCACAUUUUACUGCAGGAUUGGAGGCAGGCUUACCACUAUGCCAAUCUACUGUCUCAACACAGCAGAUGGUCCAAGGCAAUAUAUGUGUACAGUAAAGCUAUCACCCUGGCUUUGCUUCCUUCUGAUUUUGUGAAAUCAGUAAGUGAGAAUAUGAACUCUCUCUUCUUAAGAGUGGAAAGCCUGAAAAUCAAAUUUUUAGGCAGUGCUGUGCCAAUAGAGAAGUUUGUUGCAGAGAAGGGUCGGCGCUAUGGCACUACAACAGGCUGGUUUACAGCCCAGCCCCUUCUGGAGUUCAUAUAUGCCUGGAGUGGUUUCCUAGUCAUGAGCAGAAAGAAUGAGCUUAUUUCAAGCUGGCUGUCAAUAAUCGACAAAGGAGAAGACCUUUUACAAGAAAAUCCACAUAAAGUGUAUGGCACAGAUGACAUAAGUUUAUUAAAUUUACUGAAAGGCCUAUGCCUGAAACACUUAGGCAAAUAUUCAGAGGCUGAGUAUUACUUUAAUUGUGUCAUUCAAAAGAAGAAAUUAUUAAAAUAUGACCACUAUUUGGUGCCAUAUACUUACUAUGAACUGGGAAUCUUACACUAUCUAAAAGGAGACUAUGACAGUGCAACAAAAAACCUAGACAACGUAAGAAAUUACAAAGACUAUUCCAUGGAAACUCGAUUACAGUUUAGGACUCACAUAGCACUUGAACAAAUAGCCAGAGAAAAAUGACUUAAACACAAAGUGUGGUUUUGUUUAGUAGAAGUGAAAUAUCUACAGUGAGCAAGUAAUUAACAGGUAGAAAAAUCAUAUCUUUGCGGAAAAAAUCCAAGAGGCAGCUGCCAAGAAUCUGAUCAGUAAUGAGAAAGGGGUGGGCAAUGACUUUUCCCUUUUUCUUUCUCAUACCUAUAAAAUGCAAUGUCUUAGAGGCAAAUGAGAUGAAGCACAUUCUUGAAAACGAAAAGGCAAAUGAUGUACAUUAAAAAGAAUUCUCUCUUAUGUUAUAAAUUCAUCAAUUAUGUUAGAGAACAUUUUCAAAACCUCAAAAACAUUUUUAACAUCUCACUAAUUUAUACAACUCACUAUGCUAGGAAUC